GUUCCCCGCGUGCCGGCAGUCACGCGGCGCCCCGCGCAGGACGUGCCGCUCGCGGAAGUGUGUCCCUCGGCGGCGCCGGUGGGGGGCGGUCCGAGAGGGCGGCGCGCGGGGGGUAGUCACGUGUGCGGAGGCGCCGGUCCGGAUCGCGGCAGCAUGUCGGGCCGGCAGGGCAACAAGCUGCCCAGCAACCUGCCGCAGCUGCAGAACCUGGUCAAGCGGGACCCCGCCUCCUACACCGAGGAGUUCCUCCAGCAGUACCACCACUACCAGUCCCACCUGGAGAUCUUCUCGUUCCAGCCGGACAAGCCCAGCAGGGAGCUGGCGGAGCUGGUGAUGUUCCUGGCGCAGGUCGCCCACUGCUACCCGGAGCACAUGCUGAACUUCCCGCAGCAGCUCAAGGACCUGCUCUCCUACCACCACACGGUGCUGGACGCUGACCUGCGCAUGACUUUCUGUAAGGCUUUGAUCUUGUUAAGAAACAAGAAUCUCAUAAAUCCAACGAGUUUGCUGGAACUCUUCUUUCAGCUGCUGCGGUGUCAUGAUAAACUUCUGCGAAAAACUCUGUACACUCACAUCGUGACAGACAUCAAGAAUGUCAAUGCUAAACACAAAAACAAUAAAGUCAACACAACGCUGCAGAACUUCAUGUACACGAUGUUGAGAGACAGCAAUCCCACUGCUGCCAAGAUCUCUCUGGACGUGAUGAUCGAGCUUUACAGAAGGAAUAUUUGGAAUGAUGCCAAAACAGUAAAUGUCAUCACGACUGCCUGCUUUUCCAAAGUGACCAAGGUAUUAGUUGCCAGUUUGAAGUUCUUUCUUGGGAAAGACGAAGAUGAGAAACAGGACAGUGACUCAGAGUCUGAGGAUGAUGUUCCCACAGCCAGAGAUCUCAUGAUGCGCUAUGCAACCAACAAGAAAACCACCAAGCGCAAGAAGAAACUGGAGAAAGCAAUGAAGGUUCUCAAGAAACAGAAGAAGAAGAGCAAGCCAGAGGUGUUCAACUUUUCUGCUAUUCACUUGAUUCAUGAUCCACAAGACUUUGCAGAGAAGCUGCUGAAGCAGCUGGAGAACUGUAAGGAACGAUUUGAAGUGAAGAUGAUGCUCAUGGACCUUAUAUCUAGGCUAGUCGGAAUACAUGAGCUCUUUCUUUUUAACUUCUACCCCUUCAUUCAGAGGUUCCUCCAGCCCCAUCAGAGAGAAGUGACAAAGAUUCUUCUGUUUGCUGCACAAGCUUCACAUCAGCUGGUACCACCUGAGAUUAUCCAGUCAGUGCUAAUGACAAUUGCCAACAACUUUGUCACCGACAAGAACUCUGGGGAGGUUAUGACCGUAGGAAUCAAUGCAAUAAAAGAAAUCACUGCAAGGUGUCCAUUAGCCAUGACUGAAGAUCUGCUCCAAGACCUUGUUCAGUACAAGACUCACAAAAACAAAAAUGUGAUGAUGUCUGCAAGAACUCUGAUACACCUUUUCCGUUCGCUGAACCCAGAGAUGCUGCAGAAGAAAUUCAGGGGCAAGCCUACCGAGGCCUCGGUGGAAGCCAGGAUCCAUGAGUAUGGGGAGCUGGAUGCCAAGGAUUAUAUUCCAGGAGCAGAAGUGCUGGAUGUUGAGAGUCAAAAGGGGAAGGGAGGAAAUCAAGAGGAAGAUGGGUGGGAAAGCGCUAGUCUGAGUGAGGAAGAUAAUGAAGAUGGAGAGUGGAUUGAUGUGCAUCACUCCUCGGAUGAGGAGCAGCAACAAGUAGCAGAGAAGAUAAAAAGCAUGCCCAUAGAGGAACGGAAAGCCAAAGCUGCAGCAGUCAGUACGAGCAGGCUGCUGACUCAAGAGGACUUCCACAAAAUACGCCUUGCCCAGCUCUCCAAAGAACUAAAUUCUGCACCCGGCAAAGGCGCAAAGAGGAAAAAUAUUGAAAUAGAUGAUGAAGAGGAGGAGGGCAGGGGAGAGUUGCUUUCGCUCAGAGAUAUUGAACAUCUUCAUAAGAAGCCUAAAUCUGACAAGGAGACCAGAUUGGCAACUGCGAUGGCUGGAAAAACAGACAGGAAAGAAUUUGUGAAAAAGAAAACAAGAAUUAACCCAUUUGCCAGUUCGUCCAACAAAGAAAAGCAAAAGAACAAGAACUUCAUGAUGAUGAGAUACAGCCAUAGCGUCCGGACAAAAAAUAAGCGUUCCUUCAGGGAAAAACAGCUGGCUCUGCGAGACGCUCUUCUGAAGAAGAGAAAACGGCUGCUGAAAUAGAAAACAGGAAUGGAUUCUUUAAUCACCCUGAAGGAGUAGCCCUGGAAAUGCUUAUCCACCACCAUGAGGACUGAAAUGAGUUAUUGGAUAUAUCUCUAUUCAGAAUUAAAAUUGAACGCUUAGAAGCUGUUGGAUAUGGCUUCUAUAGGACAGACUGAAGAGACCUUACUCCUUGCAGGAUUUGGAUGUUCUUGUGUGUUCUAGGGAACAAGGUGAUUAUCUUAUAUUGACUAUAAAUUACAGAUAGUUUUAUAUGUGUGAGUAGGAAGAUAUACAAACUUGUGAAAAUAUUUUACUUGGAACAAUUAAAUAAGUAAUUGGAAGGAAAAA